AAUCCAUUAAUUAUAAUGUAAAUUUAAUCCAAAUAACUAUAUAAUAGUAAUUAUAGUAUAUAAGUAUUAAGUACUCUAUUUUCAUAAUUUUAUAAGUAAGUAUUUUUAUACCUAAACUUCUAUUCAUUUAGUACCUUUGUAGAUUAAUAAUAGCUUAUAAAAUAAAAAUUAUAUAAUGUUGUUAAAUUGUUUGGCAAAACAAAUUCGUGCUUUGCCGUCAACAUUCACGGCAGCAUGUCGGAUGUCUUCAGUGACAACUGAAAAUGCCGAGUUCACUGAAGUCGAAGAGCCGCCAAUGGUAUAUGGCGGAUACACAAACUUACGCCAGGCAUGGGUGUCUAAUCUGGAUACUGUUAAAGAAAAUCCUUCUACAAUUAUAGAUUUGCAUCCCCAAGUGUUUGGAUCGAGACCAAGAAUUGAUAUAAUACACGAAAAUAUUGUAUGGCAAAGAAAAUAUAGAUAUGUUAGUUACGCAAAUACCAAAGUUACCGCUGAGGUAAACAUGAGUAGUAAAAAACCUUGGCCACAAAAGGGCCAAGGACGUGCACGACACGGUACAAGACGUUCUCCACUAUUUAAAGGUGGAUCUGUUAUACAUGGACCACGCUCUCAUACAACUCAUUUCUAUAUGCUUCCAUUCUACAAAAGAGUCUAUGGGCUUACUUCAACAUUAUCUGUUAAGCUAAUUCAGGAUGAUUUACACAUAGUGAAAAAUUUGGAUUUACCUUCAGAUGAUCCAAGUUACAUAAAUGAUUUAGUUGAUUCCAGAUUAUGGGGACCGUCAGUUUUAUUCAUUGACGAUACUGAUACAAUGCCAAGAAACAUUAGCUUAGCAUUAAACCAAAUCAAACACAUGAAUCUGAUGCCAGUUUAUGGUUUGAACGUGUACAGUAUGCUAAAAUAUGAAACACUUGUCUUGACUGUAGCUGCAGUGAAAAAAAUUCAAGAACGACUUCUUUACCAGUUACAUAGGCCUGAUGUGCAUCAAGCUACUAAGAAGUUCAUGUUAAAUAUGCAGAAUUAAUAUUAAUAAUAUUGAGAAAAUAACAAUCUUAAAAAUUUAUUAUACUAGUUGUUUUUUAAUAAACUAUCACUGUAAAUCAAAAUCAAAAACAUUAUUGCAGUUAACUCUGGGUUGCCUUUUUUUUUUCAGACUUAUCGGUUAGGGUUUCAGGUCAAAUUAUCUCUCGUACAAAUCUCGAGUACAAAAUCUGAAAAAAAAAGAAUAAAGUACCAUGAUAACAAUGAAUGACUGUUAAAAUAGUAAGUCAAUACAACAAAAUUACAUUUAUGAAAUAUUUAUGGGGAAUUGCCCACAAUUUCAAAUUUAAAUUUUGACAUCUUGAUUGGAUUUUAUAUUUAUUUAUUCAAUUUUUUUUAAAUUUUAUUACAUUAAUUACCUAUGCAAUUUAUUUAAUUUUUGUUUAUUUUAACACAUUACUUAAUCAUUCAUUAUUGUAUACUGUUGAUUAUAAUGUAAUUUAUUUUGUAUUUGUAUUAUUUUAAAAAUUACAUAUUAUGAUUACGAUAACAUAUUUUUAAAUAUUUUCAUGGGAGAUAUUUCCUUUAGAGAUAUUUUUAAUAGAAGGUAUUUUGUACUAGAGUUAUUUAAAAUGGGAUAUAUUUUGACCUGUCACUGUUGGUCAGUAAACUUAAAAAUUAAGGAAUGCUUUCAGGUCAAUACAAUAUUUGUUGCAUUUGUAAUAACCCAAGUGAGUGCUAAAUCCAUUGAAUUUCUUAUUUUGUACUACAAACUAUUCAAAAUACUAAUUAGAAAGCACAACUUGAAAAAUUUUAAUCUAUUAAAAGAAUAAUUAAAUAUUUUUUGAUCUAGUGUUUGUAUAGGUUUACUCAAUAUAUAUAUUAUUUUUUUUCAAAAUAGUUAUAACCAAUUAAUUUUAAGUUUUUAACAGUAGAAUGCUUUAAUGAUUUCUUUAAUAUUUUAGUUAUUGAAAAAAUAAAAAACUUUGGUAAACUUUGUA